AUGGUUACUGUCAGAACAGUCUUUAGCAUAGCAGCCUCUAGAGGAUGGGAUCUUUUUCAAAUGGAUGUAAAUAAUGCCUUCUUGCAAGGAGAUCUCUAUGAAGAUGUCUACUUGGAACUGCCACAGGGUUUCCAGAGACAAGGGGAGUAUAAGGUCUACAAACUACUUAAAUCACUAUAUGGUCUUAAGCAGGCUUCUAGACAAUGGAAUAUCAAGUUAAUUGAGGCUUUGGUGAAGGCAGAAUAUCAUCAGAGUGCUAAUGAUCACUCACUCUUCACUAAGUACACAACAUCAGACAUUGUUGUUAUCUUAGUGUAUGUGGAUGACUUGUUUAUUACUGGGAGCAAUGCAGAGAUAAUAAAAGAGGCCAAGCAGACAAUACAAAAUUCCUUUAAAGUUAAGGAUCUAGGGGAUAAGAUACUUCUUCGUACAGGUACUCAGUCAGUUUAUGCAGCAACCAAAGAAAUCUCAUUAGGAUGCAGCGUUGUGAGUGACUGGGCCUCUUGUGCUAAUACCGGGAGAUCUGUCAUAGGGUAUGUCAUCAAAUUGGGGGAUUCUUUACUCCCAUGGAAGUCAAAGAAGCAACAGACUGUCAGUCGAAGCUCAGCAGAAGCAGGGUACAGGAGUUUUGCAGCACCAGCUGCAGAAAUCACAUGGUUCCUAGGAUUGCUUAAGGAACUACAUGUCCAGAUUCAGCUGCCAGUGUCUCUGCAUUGUGAUAGUAAAGCAGAGCCCUACAAACACUACAAGAAUGAAGGCCUUUCGCAACAACAUUUUUUGUUGCCAUAUAUUCAAUGUUGUUGGCAAAAAUAUUUUUGGCAACGACAAAGAAGUCGUUACACUCCGUUGCAGUAA